AGACCAGUAGGUUGGGCAAAAACUGCAAGAGCACAACUACGACCGCGUUUCAUCAGCUUGACUUGCUCACCGUCGUCGUCUUCUUCUUCCUCCUCCUCUUCCGACUCAACCUCGAAGCGACACAGCAGCUCUCUCCCCUUGGAACCCACUCCUACGCUCUGCGGUUCACACACAGCUUCAAGCUCUGCUCUGUCGUUCUGUCGGCUUGUUGACCCUGGCUGCAUUCUCGAGGAGGAAGGAGUAAAGGGAAAGCGGAGUGGCAGCAGAAGCUGAGGAGGGAGAUGUCGUGGUUCAAGUCGGCGGUGAGCAAGGCCGUGGAGGCCGGCAACCGCAACAACCUCGCCCGCGCCGUCAAGGGAUAUGCCGACACCGUCGUCCACCACGCCGGCCAGGCCGUCGCCGAGGGCGCCAAGAUCCUCCAAGAUCGCAUUGGGGCUCGGAAUGUAAGGAGUGUCAAGCAAACUGUGAAGAGAUUGGAAGAAGCCGCUGUCUCUUACAGAGGCCCUGAAAGAGUUCAGUUGCUUAAGAGAUGGUUAGCUGUGCUUAAAGAUAUCGAGAAGUUAUCAGAAGAGGGCGAGCAGAACAUUGAGCUGCAUCUUGCCUCCGAAGAAUCGAAGGACGGUCCGAAGCGUCCAUCUCUGGUUCUAUAUUAUGAUGCUGAUGUUGGGGGCAAGCCCAUGAAUUUUCGAGAUGUAUUUCUUCAAAGUCAGGCUUUGGAGGGCAUUGCAUUGUCUAUGAUUCUUGAAGCUCCAAAUGAGGAAGAGGUUUCUUUGCUUCUUGAAAUGUUUGGGCUCUGUCUCACUGGAGGGAAAGAAGUUCACCACGCAAUUGUGAGCAGUAUACAGGAUCUGUCACAAGCUUUCUCAGGCUAUGAAGAUGAAGUCUUGGUUAAGCGUGAGGAGCUACUUCAGUUUGCUCAAGGUGCCAUUACUGGAUUAAAGUGUAACUUUGAUUUAGGAAGAAUAGAUGCUGAAGCCUCUAGAUUAAAGAAAAAACUCGAUGAAUUGACAACUUCCUCAAAGACAUCUGAUGAAGCUCGUGAUGGAGCUUCUGAAGGAGCAACUUUACCCACAAUUCAGAAUUUGAAGGAGGAUCUUACCAAAAUUCGAGUUUGUUCUAGAUUGGAAGGACUUUUACUCAAGAGGAAAUCUUUGAGCAAUGGAGACUCUCCUGAGGUUCAUGCUCAAAAGGUUGAUAAGUUGAAGGUGUUGUCAGAAUCUCUUGUUAGCUCCAUUGGAAAGGCUGAAAAGCGCAUUUCAGAUAAUAGAACUCAAAAAGAUGAAGCAUUACAAGUUCGGGUAACUAAAGCUAGCGAAGUUAAUGAGAAAGAAAAGGAAAUAACUGCUGAGAUUGUUGGACUGGAGAAACAAAGGGAUCAGCUUGAAGCUGAACUGAAAAAGGUUAAUAUAUCCUUAGCUGCUGCCCAAGCUCGCCUUCGCAACAUUAUGGAAGAACGAGACCAAUUUGAUGAAGCAAACAAUCAGAUUAUUGCACACUUCAAAACUAAGGAGGAUGAGCUGUCAAAAUCCAUUUCAUCGUGUAAGGUUGAAGCUGAUGUAUUAAGCACAUGGGUUAAUUUUUUGGAAGACACCUGGGUUCUCCAGAGCAACUAUAUUGAAGUUCAGGAGAAGCAAGCCAAUGAUGAAUUGGAGAAGCACGAGGACUAUUUUGUGAACUUGGCUAUUCAGCUUCUUUCAACUUAUAAGAAGGAGCUGGGACCUUCUAUGGCCUGGAUCAGAAAAUUUGUGGAGAACUUGAAGAAUCUGAACGAAGGGUCAGAGAUUUCUUUAACUGAGGAAAAGGACCCCAACAUACCUCACCCAAGGAAAGAUCUUGAAGAGGAGUAUUUAGAAUAUGAAGCCAAGAUUGUGACCACCUUCAGCAUAGUGGACAACAUGAGGGAACAAUUUUAUUCUCAGCAAAACAAAAUUUCCAGGAAAGAUGUGUCGAGAGUGAAGGAGCUGCUAGAUGAAGUUGAAAAGUUGAGAGCGGAAUUCGAAUCCAUUGAGAGACCCAUUUUAGAAAUGGAGACUCCAAGCCCCAAAGUAGAGACAUCAAGUCCCAAGGGAGAGACUCCAAGAGAGGUUCAUCCAAAAGCCCAAUCCCAGUCUUCGGCACAGAGUACUUCUGAGACUCUGAAAGCUGGUGCUGAUAAGCACCCCGGGUCUCAGUCGUUGAAGGUGGACCAGGUCCUAGACCCUGAAGCAGAACUGGCAAAGCUCGAGUCCGAGUUUGGAAAGGUUGGUAAAGACUACUCCGGGGACGAGAUAAAUGACUGGGAGUUUGAUGAGCUCGAGAGAGAACUCAGAUCUGGUGAUUCAGCGAGUGGCAAGUAACCGUAUCAUCUGUUCUCUUAGGUGCAACUCUGUUACAAAAUAUAACUAAUCGAACAGUAAAACAAAAUUUCACUUCAUUCUUCUGUAUAUUCUUCUGGUGUAUGUUUGUAAUAAUUACUGGUGAAAACUGUGACGAGGGAUUAAAUCUAUGUAAAAUUUCGCACAUUUGUUUGGGAAAAGUUUUUGCA